AUGCAGGACCCCACGAAGCAGCCAGGGCUGCCCGGCUGUGCAGGAGGAGAUUGUGAGAAGCUCUGGAGUUCUGAAGCUGACACAGUACAGUUUUCUGACCACUCCGCACUGUGUUGGGAAUGCAGUGAAGCCACCCAAGAAUAUGAGAACACCUCUGCGAGAUGUAUGCUUACUGUCUUAGGCCUUUCAUUCAUCUUAGCAAGAUUUACUGUUGAUGGAGCCUGCACUUACAAAUAUUUUAUGGCCGAGAGCACCAUUUACAAUGGAGAGAUGUGUUUCUUUGAUUCUGAGGACGCUAUAAAUUCCUUUUGUGAAGGAGAGACUUACUAUCUUGAUUAAGGAAGCUGACAUGAGGACAACAACAUUGCAAUUAUUGAAGUGCCUGUUCAAGUUUCUCUGAUACUGAUCAUUCAUGACUUUGAAAAGUGCACCUUUGAGAAGAUCUAUCUCCCUACUUCCUAUUUUACCCAGACUUUUCCUCUUCCUCAACAAGGAAUGACUAUGUACCUAGACAUGUUCCUGGGAAACUGCUGUGUGAUGCCCCUGAAUACCUCCAUUGCUAUACCUCCAAAGAAUCUGGUGGAGUUCUUCAGCAAACUUGCAAGUGAUAAAUACUUGCCUCAUACUUAUGUGGUUCAUGAAGAUCGGGUUAUUGUGGAAGAAAUUCCAGUUUCUGCACUGAGACUUUAGCUGUGCCCAUCGUAGCACCAGGAUUGCAUUUCCAUUUGGUUUCUCUCAGCUUAGUUCGUUCUUGGGUCAGCAGGGUAUAUCAUCCCCUGCUUAGGACUCCCCUUACCGUACCAUUCCUGGAAUCUAAGCUGGCUAUCUCAGAGAGCCUCUGUAGCUGCUGUUAUCUAUCCACAAUUUCUCCCAGAGGUCCUGGGAGCAAUGAUCUUAACAGUCUCCUGGGCUCUGGAUUGGGAGCUGACUCACCCCAGCAGCCAGCUGAAUUUCCUGGUUCUGGGUUCUGGAGAAGGUCACUGGAUGUGUCCUGGGCAGGUUUGAAACCUGCCAGGUGAGUGCAGCCUAGUGUGGCUGGGCUCUGGGCAGGCCCUUGAGCUCUGGGAGCAAUGAUCUUAACACAGUCUCCUGGGCUGUGGCUAGGAAGCUGAGUUUCCUUGCCAGUGAUUUCAUUAACAAAGUUUGUGAUUAUAUGAAGAUUUCUUGCUUACUUAGUAAACCCAAUUUUUAUCAUUGGCAUCAAAUUCUUGUACAUAAAAAGGUUAAAUUUAUAUGAUAUUUUCAAUUCAAAAUUUAAUUCCUAUUAGCUAUGCUAUUGAAUUGUUAACAUUGACUGAGUCAAUCUAAUAAUUCAGAGAUGUGUUCUUAAUGCUGAGUAAUGAAGCAAACCAUAAAACAUAUUAAUGAAUUUCUUUUAUACAUCCAGAAAUGCAAACGUUAACAAAGUCCAGACAAAAAUAGUAAGAAAGCUUUAUUCAUGUAAAAGACAUUCUGUUUGGUUUCAAUUGAUUUGAUAGACAAAAAAUAAAAAUUAAAUAAACAGAUUUUCACAGCAGGCUAGUAGGAGGGUAAACAUUGGUGCAUAUAUGUCAUUGUGGUAUGAUAUUCUUAAUUCUUCUGGGAAGACACACAGAAAGGAAACAGCUGGGUCAAAUGAGACCUCUAAUCAUUUUGAGAAAUCUCCACAUUGAUUUCCAAAAUGGUUUCACCAAUUUGCACCCCCACUAACAGUGGAUAAGUAUUCCUUUUUCCACACAGCUCUGCCAGCAUUUAUUAGUUCAAUUAUUGAUAACUGCAAUUCUUUCUGGAGAGAAAAGGAUAUUAUUUCAAUUUGCAUCUCUUGAAUGACAAGUUAUGUUGAACAUUUUUUCAUGUAUUUUUUGUCAUUUGUAUUUCAUCACCUGAGACACGCAUAUUCAUCACAGAUACUCAUUUUGGGAGUGAGUCUUUGAAUUUUGGGUGCCUUUUUUCAAUUGUUUAUAUGUUUUUGGAUUUGAGUCCUUUGUCUGAGGGACAAACAUCUACAAUAUUUUCUUACUCAGUGGGUUGUCGUUUUUCUUUUUUAAAAUUUUAUUUUAAAGAAAAUAAAACAAAAGAGAACAGAACAAAGAAAAUCAGAACAGAACAAUGCAAGCAGCACAGAACUUCAUAAUAAGACAAGAGGACAUCAAUAGUGGGUACCAUAAUGUCUCUUUUCUUUGAAAUAGUUGAGCAUACCUUCAUACACAAUAAUAUCGAACAUAAAAAAAGUACAAAGUCAUUCAAAAUAAUUAAAGCAUUAGAAGAUUUCAAAACCAAAUAACAGGAAUUGAACAAUGCCUACUAUAAUAUCUCAUUUUCCUCAAAAAAGUUGUCUAUAC